UCGAAGAUUCUCACCAGCAAUGGUUGCUCCCCACCGGUGAGCCAUAAUGUCUGCAAAUGAUCUCGCCGUGGUCCUUUGCCGUUUCCUCGAGUGGCAAACUUCUCUCUUUAGGAUGGUCCAUGAUUCUAGCUAUGAGAACAUGGACAUCGCUUUACAUUAUGGUGCUAUGUUGAGGGAGUGCAUUCAUCUUCAAAGUAUAGCAAGACAAGAAAUUGUAGAAGAUCCUGUAGAAGAUGAUGUUAGUGAUGCAACCUUAGAAGGAGCACAAGAUGAUAUAGAAAACAUUAUAGUCGUUGAACCAACGGAAGAAUGGACACAAUUUCGGCUUAACAUCUCUGUGGAUAUGUUUAAUACUUGGCACUAA